AUUAAUUAACGCUAAAACUCCCACCACUUGUCGGGUCUCGUGCGGGAUGGCGGCGGCUGCCACGAAAACGUGUGACGUCCUUCGGAUUCCUUUUAAAAACGACUGUGAGGAGCUUCUGGGGCGCUUCCAACAGGUUGAGUCGGUGAGAUAUGAGGAGUUUGCGGCCAUAUGGAGAGCGAUGGACUUCUCCAGUGUGUUUUAUGGUAUGAUCACAAACUACGAAAAAAGACCCUUCACUCGGCUCGUCUUUACCACAGUGUAUGAUUACUUCUUGCCCCCGUACAGCUUUCAGAUCCGAGUGGGGGCACUGUAUAUGUUCUACGGCCUUUACUUUACACAGCUUGUCUGGCCAAAGGAAAAGAUCUGGAUUGCACUGAAGGACUGGAUGUGUGUACAGAACUUUCUCUCGGAUGCUUUGACCUGUCAACACUUGGAUGUUGUAUAUGUCUACAGAAAGCUUGUUUAUGAGAAGGCUUUUUUUUAUACUGCAAUGCCCAUCCAGCUCACAUUUGAUGGAAAGCGCCGUUAUAAAAGCAAGAAAAUCAAUGAGUUGUUCCAGGACCAGAGAUCUAGAGUGAUGGAACUGGUUAAUGCAGGUACAGUGGAGGAAAUCACAAAUGUGCAUGCUCAUUAUGAGCGGAUUAAGGAGGCACUGCAAGUGUCCACCUCGGUCAGUGUGACACCAGUCAACCUCUCUGUGCAGCUCCAGCAAUGUGCGCUUGAGUUUCAGCAGUGGAAGGAGAAUACUAAAAACUCAAGAAAUAAAAGCACUGGCAAAAAGGAGAAGGAAAGCACUCCGCAUUUAGAGCAGAACUCGAAGAGAGCAGAUCAACUGGCUUCAAUAAAGUCAAAGUCUUAUGGGCAUCUAGCAACGGCUUCCAAAUCAAGAAGACACAGACAGGUAGAGAUGGACAACUCAGGGUCUGGGACAGACCACACGCAAGAGUCAUUGUCUCCACACAAACAGAAGCAACUCUCCCUCCGGCAGAGAACCUGGCAAAACCUGGGCAAAAAAGAGUCAGAAGAACAAAAACAGCAACACUGGCUUCUGAGCACAAAGGAGGAAGACAAAGCUGCUAUGAAAAGAUGCCCACAGAAGAAGAGAUUUAAGUGGUGAACUGUGGCACAGUUGUGGGAGUGGUUUUCUUCUCACUCUCUUGCUUUUUUUUUUCGACAUAAUUUUUUUUAUUUUGUGAUUCUGUAAUAACAGUGGAAUUCCUAUGAAAUUUUUUUUCUGGACAGAAUGUGUAUAUGCAUGUGAAAAUGAACAUGAUUUAUGUCAAACUGUUUAUUAAAUAGAAUAAAUAUACUUGGAAAUCACUAUUUUAAAGUGGC